AUGGGUAAUGACGGUGGUUCAAUAAAUAAGCAUAGUAAUCUGAAACUAUCAUUGGGUAGAGAAGAUGAAAAAAUUAAUGAUGAGGACUUGAGUCAAUUUAAUACUACAUCAAGAUGGAAAUAUUGUAGACUAAGUAAUAAACAGUUGGAACUGCCAAUUGUGAGCGAUUAUAAAGGUAACCUUUACAAUAAGGAAGCGAUAUUAGAAUGGCUUCUUUCACAGAAGAAAAAUGAAUAUACACAUUCACAGAUUGAACAACUAAAACAUAUUAGGAAACUGAAUGAUGUUGUCGAAUUACAUAACUUGGAAGAAAUAAAAGUAGGGAAGGAAGUUGCUUCCUUGAAAUGUAGUUUUGGAGAGGACGUUUUUGGUUCGAAUUCAAAAACGUUCAUAUAUCUUGCCAAGUGUGGCGAUGUCUUACCAAUUUCAACAGUUAAAAUUCAAUCAAAUGGAAAUAAAUGUCCUGCUUGUGCUAAAAAAUUUGAACCAAUCGAUAUAAUACAAUUGAAUCCAACUUCAAAACUAGAUUUAGAUAAACUAGAGAAGAGGUACAAGGAUUUACAAAUUAAUGGUUUCUACCAUAACGGUAUGCAAAAGAAAAGGAAGUUGAAGGCCAGCACUUCUGAAACUAUUGCUUCAAAGAAAAGGAGAAGGACGCUUCUUCCAUAA